GCUAUGCACGCCUCUGUUUUUGCGAAAGGCAGGCUCAAUAAAAUGUUAAUGCAACUAUGCGCCACUAUGCGACUAUGCCUUCCUUACAGGGAUUGCCUUUGUGCCUUUUAAUGUAGAAAACUCUGUCUGGAUACAUGGGGCGGAGUAGGACGGGAUGUCCUUAGACUUACAAAGUGGUUUGGGUGGAUUCUAAUUCUGGAUUCUGAUUCUUCUUCCAGCACUCCAGCCGUCAUGUGCUUUCUCUGUGUUAGGACUAGAUUCAAGUUGCUGGAGUAGCAAAGGAAAUAUAUUGAGAGUCAUAGUAAAGCGAUAGCAUUGGAUGGUGAUGGGUUCUCGCUUUGCUGGAGGUCUUCAGACAGAGACUGGAGGACCAUUUCUUGGGCAUGGCUUACAUCUAGGAGGGGUUUGGUUGACCUCUGGGGACUUCUCCAAUUGUAUAAUCUUGUUUUCUCUUCCUCUAGUCUCCCUGGGGGGAUAUGCCUUAUGGAAAGACCCGGAGCCUUCCGUUGCCGAGCCCCCUUCCUAUCCGAUGCCUUUGGAUAUGACCAUACGAAACUCUACUUAUACAGCUGCACAGCCCCAUUGCACAGCCCAGGUCCCAAGCGGGACACAGCCGGAUGCUGAGUCCAUCUUCCUGCGGCCCAAGAUCAAGGUGACCCAAGGGGAUACUUCAAGUGAGCAGUUUUCCUGCCCUUUCUGCCAGAAGGGCUUCUCCUACCAGCGCAUGCUGAACCGUCACUUGAAGUGCCACAGCCAGGUGAAGCGCCACCUUUGCCCGUAUUGCAACAAGGGCUUCAACGACACCUUUGACCUCAAACGCCAUGUCCGGACACACACAGGUGUGCGUCCGUACAAAUGUGAGCUUUGCGACAAGGCCUUCACCCAGCGCUGUUCCUUGGAGUCCCACCUGAAGAAAAUCCACGGCGUGCAGCAGAGCUACGCCUACAAGGAGCGCCGGGCCAAGCUCUACGUCUGCGAGGACUGCGGCUUCACGGCCGACAGCCAAGAGGGGCACUUGCUACAUCUACAGGAGCGCCAUCCCGACAGCCCGCUGCUGCGCAAGGCAUCGCGCAAGGCUACUCCUGCCCCGCAUGGCACCGUGGUGCCACCUUCCACGGAUCUGUUGCAGGGGACGGCCCACCUCUGAAACCUCUCUGUGUGUGUUAGUUUGCAUGAGUGUAUGUGUGUGUGUGUGGGUAGGGGGAUAUU